UUCCUUAGGUCGGCUGGAUGGGAUCGGCUCACCCACCGUUUGUUAUUGUCGUCAGCUGAGCGAGCGAAGUCACGCGGGCAACAGGUACAUUACGACAGUCGCCAGGUUAAAAGAGCUUAAUGGCGCCAACAGUUGCAUACCUCUUGCGCCCUUGCUGAGCCUAAGAGCAACAAGAGGGCAGGUAACCAGGACUCAUUAGAUAUAUCGGCUUCGACCCUCCACCUGUGUCCCCCAGAUGGUCAGGGUCAAGCCUAAGUCUGACCAGCUGCAACAACACCUCCCGCGGGUUGAUCAAAUUCGUGACGUCAUGUGUUGUGUUGCAGGUGUUUGAAAAUUAACAAGACCAGGAAAGAAAAUAAAGUGUUUCGUUGUGUAACUUGGUGGUGUUGAAGCGCACCAUCACUCGUGGCUACAGUGAACGUGGUGUGUUGAAGUGAUUUUGAUUUUGGGGAGAAAUUUGUUGUCGUUAUCGGGUGCAGUCGGUAGGCGUCAAGAUGGUGUUGUUGUGGACCCAGCACGAUGGGGAGCGCAUCGAACCUCAGCCGACGGAUGAAAUUGUCCAGGAACACCGCAAGGAGGACAAGGAGAACCUCCAUCACCUCGCUAAUAAGCAGAAUCUCAAGGGUGAUGUGUCGACCUCCAAGGGUGAAUCCAGCACCUCUCCUGUCCCGACCAUCAGAGUGGACGACAUGAGUGGUGUGACCUCGCCCUCAGAGAAGCAUGUGGUCACCCUCCGUCAGGUGUCGGAGAUCAUGGACAGGAAGAAGAGCAGCGCCUAUAUCGCCUCCUCGGUGUCUCCCUCCACCUCUUCCCCCUUCUCCGCCUCUCCCUCACCUCCUCCGUCCUCCUGCGCCACCACCAUCACGGACACCAUAGAAGAGGAGGUGUCGGUGGAGACGAUCGAGACGGCGCCGCUCGAGAGUGCCUCCCGCGUGGCCGUCAACAAGACCGCUACCCUGGGCGCAGUAGUACAGCUGGAGGAAGAGGAGGAGGAAGGAGAAGGCAAGAAGAAGAAGAGCAACAAGAGGAAGUUCUACACCCUCCCGAGGAACUGGAAGAGCAAGGCAGCAGACUUCAUCCUGACCAAAGGUAGAGUGAACUUGACUGUUCCAGGUGGUGGUAAAAUGGUACACGCAUCUCUUAAUAUAGUCUAG